AUGAUCGGUGAGUUUUGCAGGAUUUUACCAAAUACCUCUGGACUGAACCGCACUGUAUUGGACCAACUGAACCUUGCUGAACUGAAGCAGUUUGGAUCUGUAGUUCUCCAUUCAUGGUCUUCUUUGAGCGAUAACUAACAGGGUCAGUUAGCAGUUCCUGAUUGCUAUAACCUUAACGAUGAUCUUAUCCAUAAACUGAUUAAUAACCAGACCAGUAAUCUGAUGUACCUGCUCGGCAGGUCUCAGAGAUGGAGACUCCCUGAGGACUGUUUGUGUGUAAAUUACAGCUUUUAGCAGCCAGUGCUGUGGCGGAUAAGCUGGGGAGACUAGUCUGUGUCUCUGUCCCUGUACUUUUACAGGAGCAGGAUAUUAAUGAACUGUUAUCUCAAGACACUCAACAGAAACAGCAGGUCUAGACUGAACUCUUCAUGAUACAAAGACCCAAAACCAAGGUGUCUUGUGAGAUAAGACCCUCUCUGAUCUCAUCCUUGUGUAUCUGGGUAACACUUUGCAGCAUUUAUGAAGUUGAAGUGGAGAGGAAGAACUUUCUUUAACAGGCAGAAACCUCGAGCAGAACAAGACUGAUGUAAGACAUUCAUCUGCUGAGAAUGAGCUGGGUUUAGAGAGGGAAGAGCUGGAGAAAGAGAGAGAUGGUCAGAGGCGAGACUGAUAGAGGGAGAUGAAGAAAGAGAGAUGGAAGAAGAGCUGCUCAAAAUAACCUGAACAGCUGCAGAGUUUUUAAAUGCAACAUGAUAAUCAACUAUCUGUUCAUUUUAUAUUUCAUAUAAUAAUAAUAAUAAUAAUAAUAAUAAUAAUUGUUUUUAUUGUUUUUAUUAUUAUUAUUAUUAUUAUUAUUAUUAUUAUGUCAGGCAUACAAAAAUAAUACUGAGUAAGUGAUUUUAUUAUUAUAUCAAGGUCUAGUAAAGAACAGAGGAACCUCCACAUUGUAUAUUUGAGACAGAUGAGUAAAAGAGAGUAGGACACCGCUAACAGAAGAGGACUGGUAUAAUGUAUGUGAUUAACAAUGAUCCACCACAAGCUUUUAAUAAAGUUUGAAGUGAGCCAGUGUCACAAAGUCCCAUUCUGCGUCUACACAUCAUUGGAUGGACAAGAUACAACAAUGGAAAGCCAGUGUAGAGAAGCUAAUACAAGGGAGAUGGUUUUGGUCAGUACUCAGGCUGCAGCAUUUCGAACUUUAGAAACCUGUGAGGGCAGCCUGAUGCAAGAGAAUCCCUGUGAUCCAGCCUAGAGGUGACAAUUGCAUGCACUCGUUUUUCUGUGUCAUUCAACAAGCUUUAUCAGAUUUUUUUAUUUUACGCAGGUGAAAAAAGGCAGCUCUGGAGAUAUGUUGGACGUGGGAUUUAAAGCAUAGCCUAUAUCCUGGUUGUUGUGUUUUGUUUUUGUUUUCUAUCUAACGUGUGGAAUAAGAUGUUUUGAAUAUUUUGAUUUAGUAAGAAGGAUAGGCGAUAAGAAGCUCUUGCUUCAGCCUAUGCCUUUUCGGUCCGUUUUCUUUUCUUGUAAUUUACUGUAUAUAUUGAAUGGAUAUGACCAGAUCGAAAUAAACUUCAAACUUCAAACUUCAAAAGAGAGCUCCCACGUUCCUGACAGUGGUGUUGGAUGCUAGGCUGAUGCUAUCUAUUGCAGUCACAUCAUUAGAAAAUGUCUCUCUCCGGUGUUUUGGGCCAAGAACAAGAUCUUCAGUUUUGUCAGAACUGAGUAGCAAAACAUUUCUUAUCAUUCAGGUUUUUAUGCCUUGAAGACAGGCUUCAAGUGAAGGUAAACUGUUGGUUCUCCUGGCCUCAGUAACAAGUAUAACUCAGUGUCUGAGUGUUUCCUGAUAGUGUUACCCAAAGAAGUAUGUAAAAGGUGAAAAGAAAAAUAGAUCGCACAGAAAACUUUCAUUUCUGAGCUCACUCCUUAUCUGUUUGUGUCUCCUCCAGUGUUUGUGCGCUACAACCUGGGGCCAGGUGUGGCUGUAGAGCUGCAAGAGGAGACAAGCGUUGCCCAGCUGAAGGAGAUAGUCGGGAGUCAGCAGGGAGUCCAGCCAGAGCACCUCAGGGUGCUGUUUGCUGGGAGGUUUCUGAAAAGCAGUGCCAAGUUACAGGUCAGAGUUGAAAUGACUUUAAAUCUGCAAGAAAAGACAUGAUUGAGAGCUCUCAGCUCCCCUUAUGGGUCCACCUCAUACUCAUUUUUUUCUCUUCUUGAUUUAAUCUGUCCUUCUUAACCUCCUGUAUUCUUCUCUCUCCUCCUCUAUAUCCACCUGCUCCCUCCUUACCUUUUUCUCUUUCCCAUGUCAGGACUGUGACCUCCCAGAGCAGAGCACCAUCCAUGUUGUCCUCCCUCCAUCAGGUUCUUCAACAUCCCAGCUGGGCCUCCUGCAGGAGAGACUGGCUCGAGGAGGAGAUGCGGAGCAAGACAGUCUGACCAGGCUAGACUUAAGCUCUUCACGCCUGUCCUCCACCUCCUCUGGUCUAGCAGUGAUCCUGGAGGGGGAUGAUGGAGGAGAGGGUGUCAGAGGAGCGGAGGGGCAAGCAGCAUGUUUGAGAGGUAAGUGGAGGUCAAAACAGUGUGUUGUUCUUGGUUUCGUCAGUGUUGGUACCCUAAGUCUGUGUCCUUGUGAUUUACAGGUUCUCAUGUCUACAGUACUUUCUUUGUGUACUGUAAGAGCUGCAGGUCCAUUCAGCCUGGAAAACUGAGAGUACGCUGCUGCAGCUGCAAACAGACCACACUGACACUGAGCAGGGUAAGUCUAGUAUAAACACUACACAGUCCUUAAACUACAUGGUACUUGUGCCUGUGCAUACUUGUACUUUUGAGGAUUAAUACUGAAAUGAUUUAUGUCACUUGUACUACAAAUCAUCUGUACUGUUUAGAAUCUUUACUGCACACUUACACAGUACAGCAUUGGUAAUGUGCUCUUUUCCAGCUUAUGCUUUCUUGUCCAAACAAAUGCUGGUUGGGUUGGCUGAUAAGUCUAUAACUGUGCAUUAGGUGUGAGUGUCAGAAUCAAUCAUAUGUAUCUGCAGGGCUAGAAGCAGCAGUAUCGAGACUGCAACUCUGGGACUGGAUCUCUUGAGGCCUGAGUUGUUGCUAGAGUUAUGAGUUCUGGUUGGGAUAAAGGCAAGGAUGAUGGUUAGACACUGACAGUGGUAACAUUGCAUGAUAAAAGGCAGUCAGUGGCAGUGCAAUGCACUAGUGAUGCUGUCACAAACAACUGUCUUACAUCUGCUGUCCUGAAUCUGCAUCUUCUGGGUCUGCAAACAUAUGCUGCUCAUCAGGUAUGUCAUUGAUCGGCACCCUGCGUAAGAUUUAGUAAGCCUCUCACUGAUGUAAACUGGGAUCAACUCAUGACCCUUGUGAGCCUCUAAGGUAUUGAAGUAUUGAUAUUUAUUGAAGUACUUUCACUUAAGUAGUAGUUAUACUGCACAGGAGUCAUAUGAUGCCAGACUUACUAUACAUAACAAAGUAUUCAUGGUGCACAAUACUCAGGCUAUAUGUACUGCUCACUGUUCAAAGUACAAUGUUUUUAUUAAAAUGCAGAGUAUUAAUAUCAUGCAGCACUUACAUAACGCAUUAACAAUACAACAACGCUCUUCUCAAGUUCUAUAUGGUGCCUUUAUGGCUAAAAAAUAUGGCUGGUUAAAAAAUAGUGUUUAUGAUACACAUCACUGUUCAUGUACUCACAUAUGGCAGAAAUUUACAACCAUAAAACUUGAAUCUUGAAUCAUUUAAACUCCUGCGUGGCCUUUAGAACACUUAAACUAUUUAAAGCAAUAAAAACAUACUCCAUUCAGAUUAUACACAUUAUUAUUCUUAUUUUGUCAAAGUGAAAAUAAUGCAUUAUAAUGGGAUGGUUUAUGAUGAAUUAUAUACCUUAAUGCAAAAGAAAAUUCAUCAUCUAUUGAACUCUGGGUUUAAUAGCGCAUUAUAACUCAUUCUGUGUGUCAUAAAAAAGUUAUAAUUUUUAUGUUUCUUAAUUUUAAAAAAAUGUCUAACUUUUACUCUCAACAUGUUCAGUCAUGACUUGGACAGGUGACAGCUCUGUAUGAGGCUAUUAACAAUUAUAACACAUUUAUAAGAGCUUAUAUGUUGAAUUUUAUGGCUGAAAGUGAAGAGUCAGACAAUGAAACUUUACAACAAGAACAUAUUUUUGUAAUUGUAAUUUUUUCUCUAGCAUUCAUUAUAAACCAUACCUUUAUGAGGCUUUAUGCUUACUGCUUUUUUUACACUUCAUAAACAUGACUAUAAGCUAUUAUAAAUGCUUAUUAUCACUCAUAAGGAUUGUUAUAAUGCCUCAUAGUUGCAUUUGUAAGGCUUUAAAAAUGUUUAUCAUGCAUUAUAAGGAGAAGGUUCAUAUACAUGGUUUCCAUUUGUUCUCUUCACAGACAAAAAGAUUGAUGACACUGAAAAGAGAUUAUCAGUGAUUUUCCCUUCAUCUGUGAUCUGUGAUUCUACACUGUGCUUUAGCUACAUCCUAUUAAACAGUAAUAACACUACAGUAAAAAUUGUCAUUUAAUUACAUUUCUCAAAUUUUCUACUACACAGUAAGUUUGUUCCUGAAAAGCAGUAUCAGCAUCCAUGGUACACUGUUUUUAAACUGUUAUGUAGCUGCCUGAGCAUCACAAUAUUCAUCACAAUAUUGAGAGGGAGAAUUUAAUCACUGUAACAGAGUUGUAUGCCUUUGCAGUUGUAGAAAAUUAAAUUAAGCAUUUUAAUGGUUUUAAUUUUUUUUUAUUUUGUACAUGUUUAUAAUUUAAAUCUGUUCAAGAGUUUUUUUCUUUGUUUGUGGUUGAUAAGAUAAGAUGUUCCUUUUAUAGUCCCACAGGGGGAAAUUCCAAACUAGAGAACCAAAUACUGGCUCUGUCACAGCCACAGCCAGUAUUUGGUUGUUCAUUCUAAGCAUUAUUAAUGUUGGGUUACUGACUUCAUAACCUUCAUGAGCCAAAAUGUUUGUGUACCUCUAAAUCUGGUCUAAGAUCUGGGCCCAGUGCAGGUCAUACAGCUUUGCUGUUUUUUUUUUUUUUUUAAUCUUUCAACCACAUUCUUGCUUAUUGAACAGGUUGUUUGCUUUCUUAAAAAAAAGGCCUGGGAGCAGAAACAGACAUCAGUCACAACCCCGACUCAGUUAUUCUGUGUGUUUCAGUCAUGAUGGCAUCAUCAAGUUUUUCUCUAUCUUUCAGGGUCCAUCCUGUUGGGAUGAUGUGCUCCUGCGAGAUCGUAUCCAUGGCGUGUGUCAAACAGCAGACUGUCAAGGCAACAUUGCGGUAAGAGGGUGGGACUGUUGUUCAUUGUGGUGAGUCAUCAUAGUUCUGUGAAGAUCUGUGUGUUAAAAGAUGUAUAAUAUAAUAUAAUAUAAUAAAGGAUUUCAAUGUGUGUGUGUGUGUGUGUGUGUGUGUGUGUGUGUGUGUGUGUGUGUGUGUGUGUGUGUGUGUGUGUGUGUGUGUGUGUGUGUGUGUGUGUGCGCAGGAGUUCUACAUGAAGUGUGCGUCCCAUCCAACCUCAGAUGAUGACGUCUCUGCAGCUCUGGAUCUCAUUCUGAGCAACAGCAGAGAUGUACCCUGUAUCGCCUGCACUGAUGUCAUGUAAGAAACAUACACAUACACACACACACACACACACACACACACACAAAAAAACACUUUCAAAUCCAAAUGUCUGCCCUUAAAGACAUGAAGUUUACAAACUCCCCGACCCUGAUUCUCAGGUCAUUUUUCACUGUCUUAGGGACGUGGUUCUCGUAUUCCAGUGUUUGGAGCGUCAUGUGAUCUGUCUGGACUGCUUCCAUCGAUACUGUCAGACACGACUAAAUGAGCGACACUUUGUCCAUCAUCCUGUGAUUGGCUACUCACUGCCAUGUGCUGGUAAGUGUGUGUUGUAAGUGUAUGUACCCAUAAGUCCAGAGAGAUGUCUUUGAGUGUCGGCCAUGAUAAGAGCUGUUUGAAUUCCCCAAAUGAUAAGGAAGCGGGCAGGGACCAUGAUGACCUGUGCUCCAAGCAACAUCAGCACCACCACCAUCAUCAUCAUCAUCAUCAUCAUCAUCAUCAUCAUCAUCAUUUUCUCCUCUGUGAUUUUCUCUAUAUGGAGCUGACUUUCAUAGCUUAUAUCUGGAUUGCAAGUGCUCAAUAUCCAAAUCUGUGUUUGCAGCUGGGUGUCCUGACUCUCUCAUUAAAGAGUUGCAUCAUUUCCGGAUUUUGGGAGAUGAACAGGUGAGUGUUUACACAUCAUACUUGUGAAUUAUUUUGUUCUUUAUUAAUAUGAAUACAUACUGUCAAAUGUAUACCACAUGUGUUUAUAUAAUCUAACUCAUCUGUUUCUUAUUUUUUCAUUCGCAGUAUGGACGGUACCUGCAGUAUGGAGCAGAGGAGUGCCUGCAAGAGAUUGGAGGACUCAUGUGCCCAUCACCUGGCUGUGGGGCAGGGCUCGUUCCCAUAGAAGGCAGCAGACGGGUGGAGUGUGACAGACAACUAGGGUGUGGCUUUGUCUUCUGCAAAGACUGCAGGGAGGAGUACCAUGAAGGGGCAUGCCACACAGAGCUGGUUCCACCUCCAGAUGAAGCCUCACAGGUGAGGUUGCUAAUCAAACCUUGUUCUUUCUUUCACCUACACCGUGUACUGUCUCACUCAUGUUUUCUCUCCUGUGUCAGUAAACACUCCCAUAAUUCGCCACCCACAAUCAAUCAGUGAAAUUAAGAAAUGGAUCCAGCUGCUACAUGAAGUUGUUAGACUGUAAACAGCAAAGGAAAUCUUUGCCCAGAGGAAUCUCAGGCUACAAUUCUCUCCUGUUGGGGACUGGUCAUCUGUUAUUAUACUGGGACAUUUGUGAGGGACUAAGAUGGAGACGAUGCAACGAGCUUACACAUACAAAUACACAAAGAAUAAACAGACACACCCCCUUCAACUCAAUACCUUAUUGCCCCCCCCCCCCCCCCCGAUGAACUGUGAAUGGGAAUUCCCCCCUUUAGGAUUAAUAAAGGCUUAUUUUAUCUUCUCCCAUCUUACAGUGGAGGCCUUGUAAAAUUGGCCCUUGCACCCAGGGGCAAAAAUGUCACACCUUAGUCACACCUUUUCCACACCCCCCACCCUCUCUCCUCUUCCUCCUCAGGGUUUUGUGGUGGAUGAGGAGGCAUCCCUCAGGGGGAGGUGGGAUAGAGCCUCCUUGCUCCUGGUGCAGGAGACAACUAAGCGCUGCCCUCAGUGUUCAGUUCCUGUUGAGAGAAACGGUGAGAAACAAAGAGAUCAUAAGUCAUCUGUACUUGUGUGAACAUUUUCGAGCUACAAUGGGAACAGAAAGUCAACCUUAAAGCAAGUUAAACAAACACUGGGUUUCUCUUACAGGUGAAGUGUGAAACAUUUGGCAGCAUGUAACAGAAUGCACUUUGUAGAAAUGGAAUUAAAUAUUCAUAAGUAUAUAUUCAUCAGCCAAAUAUAAAUAUUGUUUUGCUUUUGUUUACUUAGAAUGAGCCUUUUAUGUCUAUAAAGAUCUUGCCUCCAUGCUUCCACCAUAGCACAAAAGGGACAAGCAAGAAACAUAUGCACUUGUGUGUGAGUGGUUGUGCAAUAUUUACCAGGAUGGUUGAAAUAGUUUAUUUUUGUUGAUAUUUUUAUGGUCAAAUCUUAAGAAAAUAGGGAGUACACAGAAGCAAUUUAUUAAAUUUUACAACAGUUUGCAUUUUAUGUAGCUAUUCACAGAAUCCAAAGCACCACGCAUUUACUUCUAACCCUAUAACUGCACAUACUAGCACCUUUGAACAGGAUUUUAAUGGGUAAGUCUAGAAAUUCCAUGUAGGUCUCACACUGCCAUAUUAUAAAGGGUAGGUGGAAAUCACUGCAGAAUUAAAUCAGUCAAUUAUAAACCUCUGUCUGUUGUGGCCUCCUCUCCACCUCUCACCACUCCCUGCCUCCUCCUUUGAGUGUUUACAGUGUCAUGAUGUGUGUUUUGUGUUGUCCCUACCUGCAGGUGGCUGUAUGCACAUGCAGUGUCCUCUGUGCAAAGCAGAGUGGUGCUGGAUCUGCAGAGUUGCGUGGAACAGAGAGUGUAUGGGAGACCACUGGUUUGGAUAACAUGCACUUACACACACACACAAUCACACACACACACACACACACACAUGUUCACUGUUGCUGUUCAUACACACCCAUCUUCAACAGUGAAACACUUGACUUUCAGCUGAUAAAUCCUGAACUUCUGGAGAGGAAGAAACUCUUGAGAUCAAAGCUUUAAGCCUUGAUAUUUACUGUAAUAAUGUCUAUUUUUAUCAAGUUUAAUUUAAGUAAUAAAGUUUAAAUAAUGAAAAUGUGACAUCUCAUUGAGUCUCUGUUUUAUAUAAAUGUCUAAAAUAAUUGUUUUACCCAAUUUAGGAACAAUUUGUGCACUGCAUUGACAAGUCUGAUCUGUGAUCAUGUUGAUUUGAAUGAAUGUAUGACUGUUUUAACACAUGCUAACUUGAACACAUGAUCAGUGAUGUUUCCUUAACAGAUGUUAUGGAUGGCAACAAAGACUAAAAUAUAUAAUGGGCAACUAUAGAUCGAAACUCGGGCGAUAGAACGAUAAUGAUACACAAAACCCGAUUCCAUUGAAGUUGGGAAAUUGUGAUUAAUGUAAAUAAAAACAGAAUACAAUGAUUUGCAAAUCCUUUUCAACCUAAAUUCAAUUGAAUACACUACAAAGACAAGAUAUUUGAUGUUCAAACUCAUAAACUUUUUUUUUUUUUGGCAAAUAAUAAUUAACUCUGAAUUUUAUGGCUGCAACACGUGACAAAGAAGUUGGGAAAGGUGGUGAAAAAUACUGAGAAAUUUGAGUAAUGCUCAUCAAACACCUAUUUAGAACAUCCCACAGGUGAGCAGGCUAAUUAGGAACAGGUGGGCGCCAUGAUUGGGUAUAAAAGCAGCUUCCCUGAAAAUUCUCAGUCAUUCACAAGCAAGGAUGGGGCGAGGUUCACCACUUUGUGAACAACUGCGUGAGCAAAUAGUCGAACAGUUUAAGAACAAUGUUUCUCAAAGUACAAUUGCAAGGAAUUUAGGGAGUUCAACAUCUACGGUCCGUAAUAUCAUCAGAAAGUUCAGAGAAUCUGGAGAAAUCACUGCACGUAAGUGGCAUGGCCAGAAACCAACAUUGAAUGCCUGUGACCUUUGAUCCCUCAGGCAGCACUGUAUCAAAAAACAACAUCAAUGUGUAAAGGAUAUCACCACAUGGGCUCAGGAACACUUCAGAAAACCACUGUCAGUAAAUACAGUUUGUCGCUACAUCUGUAAGUGCAAGUUAAAACUACUAUGCAAAGCGAAAGCCAUUUAUAAACAACAUCCAGAAACGCCACCGGCUUCUGUGGGCCCGAGCUCAUUUAAGAUGGACUAAUGCAAAGUGGAAAAGUGUUCUGUGGUCUGAUGAGUCCACAUUUCAAAUUGUUUUUGGAAAUUGUUUGUGGACGUCGUGUUCUCUGGGCCAAAGAGGAAAAGAACCAUCCGAACUGUUAUCGCUGUAAAGUUCAAAAGCCAGCACUAAUGCACCCCCCAUGUGAUGGUAUGGGGGGUGCAUUAGUGCCCAAGGCAUGGGUAACUUACACAUUUAAAGGCAACAUUAAUGCUGAAAGUUACAUACAGGUUUUGGAGCAACAUAUGCUGCCAUCCAAGCAACGCCUUUUUAUGGACGCCCCUGUUUAUUUCAGCAAGACAAUGCCAAGCCACAUUCUGCACGUGUUACAACAGCGUGGCUUCGUAGUAAAAGAGUGUGGGUACUCGACUGGCCUGCCUGCAGUCCAGACCUGUCUCCCAUUGAAAAUGCGUGGCGCAUUAUGAAAUGUAAAAUAUGACAACGGAGACCUCGGACUGUUGAACAACUGAAGCUGUACAUCAAGCAAGAAUGGAAAAGAAUUCCACCUUCAAAGCUUCAACAAUUAGUCCCCUCAGUUCACAAAUGUUUAUUGAGUGUUGUUAAAAGGAAAGGUGAUGUAACACAGUGGUAAACAUGCCCCUGUCCCAACUACUUUGGCAUGUGUUGCAGCCAUGAAAUUCUGAGUUAAUUAUUAUAAAUAAUUAUAAUUAUUAUAAAAAAUAAAGUUUGUGAGUUUGAACAUUAAAUAUCUUGUCUUUGUAGUGUAUUCAACUGAAUAUAGGCUGAAAAGGAUUUGCAAAUCAUUGUGAUCUGUUUUUAUUUACGUUUAUCACAAUUUCCCAAAUUCAAAGAAAUUGGGUUUUGUACAUCAAAAGUUAAUUUCCCUCAAUAUCAAUAUAAAACAUCGUCAGUAUGCUUUUUGAUAGUCUGUUUUUUUUUAGGUUGGACAUGAAGCAGAGUAACGUGCACUGCAAAUUAUUUCAAGCACAUGUUCUCACAAGUUAGGGAAUACCUCAAAUCUUUUUCACCACCUGAAGCAGUGCCACAUGACAGAGGAUGCACAAUCCAAAAGGUUACAAACCCUGAGCAGAGCAAGGAGCCUUAUGACAAAACGUGCAUUUCUCAGAACAAUUAGUACAAACUACAAAACCUAGUAGAUAACCUGCAAAAGCGUGUCACUUGCUCAAAAUGAAUUGUUAAUUCCUUAAAAGCAAGUAUUCAUGUCAAUGAAUCUGUCUAGGUUAUCAAAAUAAUUAGCCCUGACAUCAUUGUUUAUGAACACAACAGUCAAAUGGCUUUGUCAUGUUUUCAUUAUGACAGUUUACUCUCUCUGUGUUUUCCAGUGCAAAAAAGUCAGACCUUGGUGACACUACCUGAAAAUGCUCAAGACAGCACUAUACACAACCUGUACAGCCAUUUGAAAACUACAGUAAAGUUACACACUACUGACUCCUUAGUUAUAAUCCUUGGUGAUUUUAACAAAGGAAAUCUCAGUCAGGAACUACCAAAAUACAAACAGUUUGUAACAUGCCCGACCAGAGAGGGGAACACAUUAGAUCACUGUUACAAUACAGUGAGUGGUGCCUAUCGCGCUGUGGGUCGCGCAGCUUUGGGACUCUCAGAUCACGUCAUGGUUCACCUGAUCCCUGCGUACAGACAGAGACUAAAACUCUGUUAACAUGUAGUGAGGACAUCCAAAGUGUGGACCAGUGAAGCUGUGGAGGAACUACGCACGUGCUUAGACACCAUGGACUGGGAUAUGUUUAAGGCUUCUACAGACAGUUUAGACGAUUACACAAACACUGUGACAUCAUAUAUUCAUUUCUGUGAAGACAGCAUCAUCCCACAGCGUACCAGGGUGAAAUACAACAACGACAAGCCCUGGUUUACAUCAAAACUCCAGCAGCUCCAUCAGCAGAAAGAGGUGGCUUUCAGGGAAGGUGACAGAGACUGCUACAAAUGUGCCAAGUACAGUUUUAGCAAGUAGGUGGCAAAGGCUAAAGCCAGAUACAACGCACGUCUGGAGCAAAGAUUCUCUGCCAACAACCCUGCCUUGUUGUGGAGGGGGUUGAAAGAGAUUACAAACUACAAGCCCAAAGCACCUCGUUCAACUGACGACUCAAAACUAGAUCAAUGACCUGAAUGACUUCUAUUCACGCUUCGAAGUCAUGGACUCACAUCCCCUCACCCCCCACACAACUGGAAAUCGAACCACUCUGGACCUCCUCCCUCCCCCUGCUGCCCUCUCGGUCCAUGAAGAGGAAGUAAACGGACUGGUUUUGUAGCUGAGUCCACACAAGGCUGCUGGCCCGGACUGUGUCUCUCCUGCCACUCUGAGACACUACGCUGAUGAGCUAGCUCCAGUCUUCACGGGGAUCUUCAACACCUCCCUGGUGUCAUGCCAUGUUCCAGCCUGUUUCAAGUCCUCCAUUAUUGUUCCCGUCCCCAAGAAACCUUGCAUAACUGGACUUAAUGACUACAGGCUGGUGGCUCUUACGUCUGUAGUCAUGAAGACCUUUGAACGCCUGGUUUUAUCCCACCUGAAUUCCAUCACCGACCCCCUCCUGGACCCUUUGCAGUUUGCCUACAGAGCCAACAGGUCUGUAGACGAUGCCAUAAACCUGGCUCUGCACUCCAUCCUGCAGCACCUGGACUCCCCAGGACCCUACACAAGGAUCCUGUUCAUGGACUUUAGCUCUGCAUUCAACACCAUCCCUCCGGCUUUGCUCCAGAACAAGCUUUCCCUGCUCCAUGUGCCUGACUCCAUCUGCAGGUGGAUCACAGACUUUCUGACGGACCAGAGUCAGUGCGUGCGGCUGGGGAAUGUCUCGGACACUCGGGCUCUCAGCACAGGAUCUCCACAGGGCUAUGUACUUACCCCUCUGCUCUUCUCCAUGUACACCAACUGCUGCACCUCCAACCAUGACUCCGUAAAGCUCAUCAAGUUUGCGGAUGACACUACCCUCAUCUGACUCAUUUCGGAUGGAGAUGAGUCUGCCUACAGGAUGGAGAUGGACCGGCUGGUGACCUGGUGAUGCAGCAACAAUCUAGAGCUCAACGCCCAGGGGACAGUGGAGAUGAUUGUGGACGUAGGAAAGCCACAGCCCCCCUGCCCUCCCUCAACCUCACUGACUCCCCCAUCACCGCUGUGGACUGUUACCGCUUCCUCGGCACCACCAUCACCCAGGACCUCAAGUGGGAGCCAACUAUCAGCUCCCUCAUCAAGAAGGCCGAGCAGAGGAUGUACUUCCUGCGGCAGCUGAGAAAAGCCAAGCUGCCGGUCCAGCUGAUGGUGCAGUUCUAUGUGGACAUCAUCGAGUCCGUCCUCAGCUCCUCCAUCACGGUGUGGUACGCCGGGGCCACUACCAGGGACAGACACAGACUGCAGCACAUUGUGGGCUCUGCUGAGAAGGUGAUCGGCUGUAGCCUUCCAUCUCUCCAUGACCUGUACAUCUCCAGGACUCGGGGCCGAGCAGGUUGGAUCACAGCUGACCCUUCUCACCCUGCACAUGGGCUAUUUGAGACACUCCCCUCGGGCAGGGGGCUACGGUCCAUUUGGACCAGAACCUCCCGCCAUAAGAACAGUUUCUUCCCCUCUGCCGUUAGACUCAUGUACACUUUAUAAGUCUGUCACUUUAACUCCGUCACUUUAUCACUGGUCACUUUAGUUUAAUGUUCUUUGGAUUUUUUAAUUGCUCUCCUCCCACUGCACUGUAGUUCUAGAUUGUUCAGUUGUACAUAGCCUUUUAUACUUAUUGCACAUAGCAUUGUACAUAAGCUUUUAUACUUUUAUAUUUUUAUAUUUUAUACUUUAUAUAUUUCUUGUAUGAUCUUAUUAGUUUAUCCUAGUAUUUUAUAUUUCUCUCUGUUUAUUGUUGCGCCAUCAUGCCAAAACAAAUUCCUAGUCUGUGAACCCUGUUCAUCGACAAUGGCAAUAAAACCCCUUCUGAUUCUGAUUCUGAUUCUUCUGAUUUAGUGAGGAAACUGAGUACAAGACACAUGUAUGUUUCACACACUUACUGCAUAUGCUCUUUGCAGUUCUACAGCAUUGUGCAAAAAACUAAAAUUGGUAAGGCAUUGGUGACGUAUGCGCACUACACCGAUGGUCUACUAAAAUACCACUAGACCAGUUGUGCCCCGCCAGUGUUGAAAGCUGACCAGGUCUGAAUCGGAGAGCUUUCAGCGCACUUUCCACGCCGUCGGCGAGCACAAAAAUGUCACUGCGCCGGCUGGUUCCUUUGACACCUCCCCCUGCCGCACCACCACGCCCAGCUUGGUGGACCUCGGUGCGCCUCAGUCUACGAAAAUACCAAACUGGCUGUACACUGGGCUCCGCCAGAGGAAAAUACCACAGCACAGGGUGCGCUACUGUCCGCCGCGACACCAGCAGGCAUGAAAUUAGAGCCCCUUGUCUUUCUUGGCAAUUUCUCUGUAGGAAAGACCUACAUUUUUAAAUGUUAUGAUGGUCUGUCUCUCUUCUAUCAUUAACUGCUGUUUCCUAGCCAUUUGUGCUGAGAGCCCUCCCACCACCAGACCCUGAAGAACUGGCCCCCUUCUCAGAGGAAGAGGUUCAGUGCCAGCUGGGCCGUUGCAAGCCAGGCAAGGCUCCAGGGCCUGAUGGCAUCCGAGCCAGGGUGCUUAAUGCCUGUGGCAUGGAGCUCUCCCCAAUACUGCACUCACUUUUCUGUCAAUCUUACCGGACUGCCACAACAGCCACACUAUGGAAAACUGCUAUUAUAAUCCCAGUACUGAAAAAAUCCCACAGACUUCAGUCAUUAACGCCCCAUAGCCCUAACAUCCAUUAUAAUGUAGUGCCUAGAGAAAUUACUGCUGAACAUUAUCCUGCCACUUGUCACCCCACACCUGGAUCCCCUCCAAUUUGCCUAUAAGGCAAAGAGGGGCACAGUUGUGUGGCCUGCCUGCUACACCUCCUCCUCCAGCAUCUAGACUCCCCAGGCAACUUCGCCAGGAUCCUCCACGUAGAUUUUAGUUCUGCCUUCAGUUCCCUACAGAAACAUCUGCUGAUCCAAAACCUGCACCAUCUCAACAUCCCCCCUCAUCUGAUCCACCUCACCUACAAUUUCCUCAAAGACAGACAGCAAGCAGUAAGGGUGGGCUCAACCACAUCUCCUGUUCUCACCAUCAACACAGGGGGUCCACGGGGAUGUGUGUUGAGCCCAUUCCUGUACACACUCUACACCAACGACUGCCUCAGCAACUCACCCACCACCACUACAUUUCUCAAAUACUCAGAUGACACAGCCAUCCUUGCACUCCUCUCUGACAAUCAAUCCACUUUGGACUUCCAUAACACAGUCACACAUUUCACCAGGUGGUGCAGGGGCAAUCAUCUUCAGAUCAAUGUCAAUAAAACAAAAGAACUACUGAUCAGCCCCCCCUCACCCCAGCACCCCCCCAUCAUAAACACCCAAACAGUUGAGACAGUAGACACAUUCAAAUACCUGGGAAUAACUCUGGACAAUAAACUCCUUUGACCAGCACACCACAGACAUUCAAAAAAGAAGACAACAAAGACUGUCAGCCAUCUGCAAACUUAAAGGACUAUACAUUGCACCCCACCUCCUGUUACUGCUCCAUCAAAGCAUAAUUCAACCCAUCCUUCUUUACUGCUCCACAUGUCUUUUCACAAUGCUGUCUGUCACAAACCGGGCAAAACUCAUAAGAAUCAUAAACACAGCUGCAAAAAUCAUUGGUCUCCCUGCACCCAACCUCACAGAACUAAACAACAGGUCCAUCACUCGCCUAACAAGCACUAAAGUACAGGACAUCACCCACCCACUACACCAGUACAUCAUCCCACUACUCUCAGGGCAUAGGUACAGAUCAAUCAAGUUCAGGAGGGCUCACCUGGGAAGAAGCCUGAUCCCUGCAGCCAUAGCCGCCCUGAACAGCAGGCCCAGCUGAUCUGUCUGCCUGUCACUGUAUUGUUAUUGUCACUGUUGUUUACUGCCAUGUCGGCUGAAUAAUGUUAUUGUCUGUGAUGUCCACCGUUGUCUCAUUGUAACGUACAAUCAGUGAAAAUGAAUUUCCCCACAGGGACCAAUAAAUACAUUUAUCUAUUAUUUCUAUAGUAAAACACUACUUUCUGCAGUACACUACUGUUCAAACAAUGCUCACCAUGGUUUGGUACCACAGUGUGUUCCAGCACUACUUUUAUGCAGACAGAGAGGGUUGUAAGUGAUCAAGAAAAGUUCAGACACUUGUAGGAAUUGGUAGCACCAACUUUCAAGGUUUGAUCAACCUCCAUUGCUGCAGAACUGCUUUAAGUUGUUAACCCAUUUCUUGUUCCCUGAAAAAGGCCUUUUUGUAUAAUUCUGAAAUGUCCAUUAUUUUUCAGUUUUGGUUAAACUUACCUUUUUUUAUUUGCCACUGGCAGUUCACCACCUACCUUUGUACCCUUUCAAGCUGUUCAUUGGACUUGAACCGCUUGAAUUUCAAUAAAAAAAACAGGAAAAAUUGGGUUAUUCUAAAAAUUUUAAACUGUAGUGUCUGUGUAACGGAUACGAGUGACAUUUAAAAUAUUAACAGUAUAAAUACCAUAAAUGUCUUUGUGAUGACCACGGUCUGCUUUUUUUUCUGAUAGAAGCUACCGUUUUGUCAGAAUAAGCCCAAGUGCAAGACCAGUGCUGAGGCAAAAAAAAAUCAUUUUCUCUGCCUCACUCUGCGGUGGAUCGAUCGUCAUGGGCAACCAACUUAAGUAGCUGUGGCAACCUGUGAGCCUCAGGCCAGGCCUACAGCUGACACAAUUCAUUAAUCAGGGACUGCUCUGAUAUCUCUUCAUAACUGAAUUGCUUAUAGUGCAAUUUUCAUAAAGAUAAAACACUGACUCUUAAAGAAAAUCUGGUAGCAUAAUCCAUUUCCUGUAACAACUUUGGAUCCAAAAAUCAGCCUCACAGGGUUUUUGUCCUGGGUUUUGUAUUUAAUGAGCUUUGUUUGAUUAAGAUACAUGACUAAUACAGGCUAGGAUACACAUUCAUUCAAACAUUUGCUUGCUGUGUUCCUAAAUUGAUUUUUUAAGGGACAAUGUAAUUUACAUUUAAUGAAGUGAUGAUGCAAAAUAAUUACAUUUAAAGUUAAAAACCAUAUCUGCAGGUUAGCUUUGGCAUGAACUGUGCCUGUACUCCUCAAAGAUGCAUGUCAUGCUCCUGCAGAACUGCACAAAUACACCUUUGAGUCAGGAGACCAGGAGUUCUCAAGCAUACAAGCAUCUCCCUUUAGAAGGGGAAAUGCUUGUAUGCUUCUGAAGUGAAUACAAUGCUGUGAAAUGCCCCCUCCUUGCAAAAUGCCAUCAUCACAGUACCACUCUUCUAAAGGGUGAAACAUAGUGCAGAUGAAAAAAAGCAACCUCCAGAUGCCCUUUCAGUGUAUAAAAUGAGGAAAAGUUUCCUCUGGAUCUCACUGGAUAAAAUGUAAGUAAGUUCCCCCUGAAUGCUCCACCAGUGGAUAAAAUUUGAUAACUCAUGUUGGUUCAAAAUGUGUUAAAUCUUUUCCCAUAUUGAGGUUGGGUCUUUGUAAUACAUCAAACAAUGAGUAAGGUUAGGCCUGCUCUUUUGGAAAGUGUCGUGAGGUGACGAUUGUUGUGAUUUGGUGCUAUAUCAAUAAAAAAUUGAUUGAUCAGGUUAAAUUUUGGAAAUAUACCUCACUGUAAGUGUGGUUGGCAUGGAAGGUUUCAAACUCUGUGGAGUUCAAUUAGAUACUUCAACUCAAGUGUUUAAUCAUUUCAUUCUAUUAUUUGAUUUACUCAGUUUUAGAAAAAUGAAAAAACACACAAACUUAAGUGUGAGCUCAAUGCUCAGCAUUCAUUUUUUAGUUAACUAUGUGUAAAAGUGUUUGCAUUUAUCUCACAGAGAAAAAAAAAUCACCUCAAAUUGUUCUAUAAUAAUUCACCAGAAUUUAGGGGAUGAAGUGUAAGACACUCAAAUAUUCAUAAAUCACAGUUUAUUGCGCACACAUGUCACAUGGCAAACAGGAUGUGCCCCUUUUUUUAUUUCUGAAUACACCCUUGCUCAAGGCUAAACCUGAGUUCAACAAGAGCUCAGAGGUAACUGAGCACUAACACUCAGGGGCUCAAGUCUUCAGUUAUGGAGUACUUUGACUCACACAUAGUAAGUUCUUCAGCUUCUACCUCUUUCAUAUCUCAGUGAUAGAUACUAUCCCCCUUUACUGCACUACAUUUAGAUACAGAUAAAGUACUUGGUGAUAACAAAAUAAACAUACUAUUAACCAGCCAGCCAGUGAAGUCUUUAUAAGGAACUCUGCAACCCGCUACUUAACAUCUUCACACCAUUAAGUACUUUACAGUAAAUGUGAUUUUCAGCAUAUUUAGAGUCUAACCUUUUGCGUCUGACCAUUAUAUUUUGAAACUUAUUGGAGAUAGACUACAGUUUGCUUUUUACUACAACUAUUAUUAAAGCUGAUUUCAUGUACCCUUUUUGAACUCCUCAAUGCUAAUGACUUUCAAUGCCCUUCCUCAGGGAUCAUUUUUGUAUCACAUUUAUUCAUCCUUUUUUAUACUUCUGCAUUUUCGCCCAGAUUUCCCAGCUCCCUUCAUAGGGUACCGUAAAAAUAAGUACUCUCUUGAGAUAAUCUUUUUAUAGGUUGUAGUUGUUUGUUCAAAUCUGUCUCUAAUGUUUGAGAGGAAAAAAAACAUUGUUUUGAUAAUUUUUUGCUGAAUCUGCAGACCUAGGCUCCACCCUGAUAAGACAAACCAUUAACCUUUGAGCAGGCUGAUGAAUGUCACUGCCAGAUGAGUUUAUGGUUUUGUUUUUAUCACCUGGCACAAAAUCCACGAGGUGAAGACUCAACAGAUUCAGAGCAGCUCAGUCUUUCUGAAUCAACAUGAUGACUGCAGGUCCAGAUCAGAGGCACCCUAUUUAGGUUCAGGGCAGCGUUAAAAAAAAAUCUGUUCGAGUCAAAAUCUGAAAGUAUUUGAAGCAGAUCCUGUAGGUCAAUUUGGUCUUUAAGUCUCUAAGGGCACAAGAAGUUUGAAGAUAUCUAGCAGGACUUAGGAUCAGGGUGGUUGGUCCAUGAGUGUGGCAUUUUGACCUGCAGGGCAGUCAAUCAUAAAGAAAAAGGAUGAAGAGAGGGACUCAGUGUGGUCUGACAGGGCUGCACAACCCUGGACUGGAGUUGGAGAUGACGGAAACCCCCCACAAAACUGAGGUGAGACCAUAAAAUCUAGAGUCAGGUUCACAUGAGUAUGAGUGUUUGCUUUUAUCUGCAUGGAAUCCCAGCUUGAUGAAGCUUAAUUUAAAAUGUUUCUUUAAUGAUAGAGUUAGUGAAUUUACAGAUAAAGACUAUAAAACAAAGAAAUAAAGACAUAUCAAUCUUUACAAUCACAACAUUUAAGGUGGCUCUUCUGGUCACCUCAGGUUCCAGAUAGUCCUCUGGUUCCCUUGAGUCCUCAGGGAUCCGCUUCCAAGUCAAUACAAGCUGCAGCUUGGUGGGCUUCGUACUCCUGCAGUCGCUGGAAGCAUAGAAGAAAAAAAUUGAAAGGUAAAACGCAGAUGCUUUCUGAGUACUGGUAUUUUGUUUAGUUUUUUUUUAAUCUGAAUAACAUUUGAGUAUAAAUGAUGUGACUGUUUUUCAGGGAUUCAUCUGGAGACCAGGUAUAGAGGUCUGGCUGAAGGUGAUGAAAGCGACGAGGAGCAGAAAGAUGAAACAGACACGAGUAAAAACCAUCAGCUGAAUAAACAACUACUGGAUCACUUCAGACAGCUGGCUGCUAACAACCAGGACACAGACCAGGUAACUCUGAGCAACCAGUUUCACAGAUGAGGAAAACAUACCAGGCAACUCCAACCAGGCUAAAACAACAGACGGUUUCAUAAGAUUUAUCAUAACAAGAAAACUUGGAUAUGCAGACUAUGGCCAAAACAGGAGCUGAAGUGGAUAUGCUGUGUCCUGGGCAAUCAUUUAAAUGAUUAUUCAUGAUUGAUCCAUGACUGGUACAUGUGCAUGAUGGAAAGGGAGCUUUGACCGAUGCAUGCACACAUUUCAGAGGGACAGGGAAAAUUGAAAGUACUUACAAUAUGUUUUGUGUUUUUGUUCAGGUUGACCUUCAGUUUCUGGAUGAAGUGAUUUCUAAUGGAGCUGAUCCAAACAGUUGUGACAGAUAUGGACAAACCAUCCAGCAUGAGGUGAACAUAUGAUUCUGAUUGGUUUGAUUUCAGACAUUCACAGCAACAAAGCCAUAGUUGAAACAUUGGGGAUCAAAUUCAGAGAAAAAAAUCACUAACAACAAUAAAGAAUAGAAAUUCAUGGCGGCUGUGUAUUACAAUCAUCAUCAGGUAUAGAUUCCAGAGUCAUCCAGUACCUCAAACCUGAGCAUUUUUCCCCUCUUGGCUAAACUCAUAUAAGUUUAACUGAUUUAUGUUUGUUCGGAGUCAGGGUCUUUGAAAGCUCUGUAUUUCCAAUACUCCUCCUUCACUUGGUCCUGCCUACUCUACAUUACCAUGAAGGGUUUUGUGCAUUAUAGGCAGCAAAUUUUGACCCAUGCAUGCAUAUAUUUCAGAGUUUAAGUAGAAAUGAUUGUACAAAUUUUGUGUGCAUGGUAAAACCUUGGAGCUUGUGUCUCUUUAUGUCAUCCUCCUUUUCGUGCGAAUGCUAAAGGGAACAUACAUAUCUUUGGACAACUCAUUAAAAUGGUCCAAACUGUUGCUGGAGUCAUAACAGUUUGUUGAAUAAAUACAGCAGAUGAUUAUAAUAAACAAAGCAUCUAUGAUUCAUCCUAAAUUUUGCCUCUGGUGGUUUCUGGAGUCCUCAACAUCUAAUUCAGGUUGCUAGUUCAGCCCCACUUAAACACAGUACCAUGUGUGUGUGUUCAGAUCUCCCGGGCAUGGAGUGUGGAUGUGAUGAGGUUCUUCCUGGACCGGGGCUCAGACCUCCUCCGCCCUGAUCAUUUUGGAGUCACAGCACUUCAUGUUGCCUCAGCGCUGGACUACCAGGAAAUGGUUCAGUUCCUGCUGGACCACAAAGGUUAGUGUGGGCAGGUAGAGGGUCAAAAGAACAGCUAGAUUGUCUAUAGUCCUGCCCUCUUUAACCUUCAAGUGCACCUUUAAACAGAUAACAAAACAAAGAGAUACAAACAAAAAAAGGGAUUCAGGUGCACCUGGCAGUGGUGCUGACAUGUAAGGAAGUUUUGGUGGGUCUUGAUACAAAUAUAGAGCCUAAUCAAUAAGAUUGUGCACUUUCUGUCCCCAGCAAAUCCAGAGGCCAGGACUGUCCUGGACCAACAGACUCCUCUUCACUAUGCUGCCAAAAACGAUGCUGCAGGUUCAAUCAGACUGCUGCUGCAGGCCGGAGCCUCCAUCAGCUGCACCGACUACAAACACAGAACACCACUGCAGCUCGCUGCCAACAUGGGUAGUUACACUAUUUACAGCAGUGCAGACAUAGUAGAUAUCAGCACCAUCAACAACACUGACACAACCACUAUCACCACUGACACAACCACUAUCACCACUAACACAACCACUAUCACCACUGACACAACCACUAUCACCACUGACACAACCACUAUCACCACUAACACAACCACUAUCACCACUGACACAACCACUAUCACCACUAACACAACCACUAUCACCACUGACACAACCACUAUCACCACUGACACAACCACUAUCACCACUAACACAACCACUAUCACCACUGACACAACCACUAUCACCACUAACACAACCACUAUCACCACUGAUACAACCACUAUCACCACUAACACAACCACUAUCACCACUGACACAACCACUAUCACACACUGACACAACCAUUAUCAUACACUGACAUAUCUAUCACACACUGACACAACCACUAUCACCACUGACACAACCACUAUCAUACACUGACACAAUCUAUUACCACUGACCAAACCACUAUUACCAGUGACACAAAUAUGACACACUGAACCAACCAUUAUCACCACUGACACAACUACUUUCACCACUGACAAAGCCAAUCACACACUGACACAACCUAUUACCACUGACACAACCUAUCACUACUGACCCAACCAUAACCACCACUGACACAACCACAAUCACCCUUGACACAUCUAUCACACAGUGACACAACCACAUACACAGUGACAUCAUCUUUACAGACAUUAACACUGACAAAAACUUUACAGACAUCAACACUGACCCCAUCUUUACAUUCAAAACCACUGUCAAUAUCACAACAGACAUCAAAUACUGAUCUCUUCUGUACAGACAUAGCCAUUAACACCAAUUCUGAAGACAUAACUACAAAUACCAACCCUACAGACAUAAAACCAGGUAUUAAACUCUACAGAUUCUACUAUUGACAUUCCUGCAUACAACAAUAAUGACACACUUUUUCACUGACAUUACCACUAACACUAUCUCCACUGUCAUCACUUUUACAUUAUCUUUACAGACAAAAACACUAGAAUCAAUCUCUACAGACAUGACCACUGAUAAUAUCUGACUGACAUGACCAUAGACUCUAUUUCUACAGUUGCAACGACUGACACUUUCUUUACUAGCAUUAACACUGACAUGUACAUCACCAUUGACACAAACCUAACAGUUAUCACUUUUGACCAAAUCCAAAAAGACAUCAUUACUGCUCAACAAACUCCGCAGACAUUUCAUCUGACGCUAUCUUUACUGACUAAACUUCUUCUUCUGGUAGUUACACUAUUUACAGCAGUGCAGACAUAGUAGAUAUCAGCACCAUCAACAACACUGACACAACCACUAUCACCACUGACACAACCACUAUCACCACUGUCACAGCCACUAUCAACACUCACACAACUAUUCACACACUGACAGAACCACAAUCACACACUGACACAACCUAUCACUCACUGACACAAUAACUAUCACACACUGACACAACCACUAUCACCACUGACACGACGCCUAUCACCACUGACACAACCACUAUUACACACUGACACAACCACUAUCACCACUGACACAACUAUCACACACUGACACAACCACUAUAACUACUGACACAACCACUAUCAACACUGACACAACCUAUUAACACUGACACAAUCACUAUCACCACUGAUACAACCUAUUACCACUGACACAAUUGCUAUCACCACUGACACAACUAUCACACACUGGCACAACCACGAUCACCACUAACACAACCUCUAUCACACACUGACAUAACCACAUCAACAGUGAUAUCAUCUCUACAGACAGAAACACUGACACCAAUUUUACAGACAUCAACGCUGACUCCAUCUUUACAAAAAAAACUACUGACACUAUCACAACAGACAUCAAAUACUGAUCUCUUCUGUACAGAUAUAGCCAUUAACACCAACAUAACUACAAAUACCAACCCUACAGACAUAAGACCAGGAAAUAAACUCUACAGAUUCUACUACUGACAUGGUCCUUCUGCCACUGCCACUGACAACUGGCUCAAAAGAUAAUAUCAGUUGCACUUUUUUUGCAUACAAUAAUAAUUACACUUUUUUCACUGACGAUACCACUAACACUAUCUCCACUGUCAUCACUUUGACAUUAUUUUUAAAGACAUAAACAUUAUAAUCAAUCUCUACAGAUAUUACUACUGACACUUUCUCUACAGACUUAACCACUGAUAAUAUCUGAUGGACAUGACCAUAGACUCUAUUUCUACAGUUGCAACUACUGACACUUUCUUUACUAGCAUUCACACUGAUGUACAUCAUCAUUGACACAAACUUAACAGUCAUCACUUUUGACCAAAUCCCAACAGACAUCAUCACUGCUAACAAACUCCACAGACAUUUCAACUGAAGCUAUAUUAACUGGCUAAACCACUAACAAUAUCUCCACGAAUAUCACUACUGACAUCUCCUGAAGAGACAUCACCACUGUCAGCCAUCUCUACAAACAUUACUGUUGACACCAUCUCUUUGUUAACAUCUUUACUGACAUACCUUCAGACAUACAUACAUUUUUCUGCUUGUUAUUUUAACAACGAUCUUUGUUGAGAUUCCUAAUCAUGACUUCCCCACUUUCUUCUUAAUCAACAUUGCUUAUCAGAUGAUCAGGGACAAAAUACUGACACCUUACCUAGUAUGACCACAUUGGUUACAGCCAUAUAUUUCACAACAGGCAUCAACACUGACUGAAUACACUUGCUUUUUUUUCUCCAAACUUUAUUUAUUAUCAAAUAGGGCAAAUAUUAACAAAUUAUAUAUACAUAGGGCAAGUUAAAAUGGCAGACAACUUCACUAAAUGUAAUUUGAAUAAAAUUCAAUAGCUGAUAAGCAUUUUUUGUCAGAUUCAACAUAUGACAGAGACUCAAAAUAUAUUUUUAAUUCAAUGAAAAACAAUGGGAAUAAAGGUAUGUAUAUGGAAUUUACCUAGUAAUAUGAAGAGAUUAAUUCUGUUAAAUUUAUUAUUGUGAGAGAAGGAGCCAAAAAUAAUAAUAUUCUCAUCGAAUUGAUACCUAACUGUUGUUUUAGCAAAAAGAAAAUUUUCCAAAUCUUUCCAAAAGCUGAUACAAAAUGGACACUUAUAAAAUAAGUAGAUGAUACUUUCUCUAUCUUUUUGACUAAAGGAACAGCUGUCAUCAAUGUCGGAAAAUUUGGAGAUGUAUGCAUUAGUAGGAUAAAUGUUAUGUAAUAGCUUGAGGACUGAUCACAACUGACCAACAAUUGCUAUCAUCAAAAACUGACACUACCACAGAUGUCACUACUCAAGACAUCUGUAUUGACAUGACCUCUGAAACAGCACUUGGUUAUUUCCAACUGUCUGUGUUUUCAGAGCGCAGUGAAGCAGCUCAGGUGUUGAUGGACUUUGGGGCAGAGGCUGGUUUGAUAGACGCUGAUGGACAGCUCUGCAUCACUGCUCUGAUUGGCCGGAUGAGCCCUGUGGUAAACAUGUCCUACCUACUGACUGAUAACAGUGUAGUGAUUAUUGAGUGAGAAUAGAAGAGAAGAGGAAAGGAGAGGAGAGAAGAGGAGAGGAAAAAAGGAGAGAAGAGAAGAGAAGAAAAGAAAAGAAAAGAGAAGAGAAGAGAAGAGAAGAGAAGAGAAGAGAAGAGAAGAGAAGAGAAGAGAAGAGAAGGUAGUCUGUCCUGAGGUUUCUCAAUGCUGAUUUUUUUUGUGUCCAGGCCCUGCUGGCACUCAGUCAGUUCCAUGUGACUGACAGACUGACCAGGCAACAGUUCUACUACCUAAACCUGCUGGAGCCAGUGCCUCAUUUACGAAACACACCUGUGCAAGGUAACACUGCUAACUAGCCACCAAUUUUUGAACUGUCCUCCAGAAUCAGAAUUAGCUUUGAAAUUUCUCUGCACAUCUUCAGUCUUAAUUCUAUUCACACACUUUCAAUGUGCGGAUGGAUGGAUGGAUGGAUGGAUGGAUGGAUGGAUGAAUGGAUGGCUGGCUGGCUGGCUGGAUGGAUGGAUGGAUGGAUGGAUACUUUAUUAAUCCCAGAGGGAAAUUCAAAAUUCAAAAUUCAAAAGUACUGAUUUUCCACCGCCUUAAAAGUGGACCUCCACUGGUAAUUAUACUUUUUGUCUUAUUACCUCCUCUAAAAAAUCUCUAAUAGCAUUUAUGUGUAACUUUGGUAAUGUUACAAUGUCUACUGCUGAAAUUGUGGCUAUUUUGUGACUGGCAAUACCUGCCCUUUAAUUCUGUGCAGUCUCAUUUUAUGUCUGUUUAUCUAUCCAUCUGACCAUCUGGCCAUCUGACCAUCUGGUUGUAAUUGGAAGAAGCUACCAUGAGUGAGCCAACAUCUCCAGUAAGUGUCACACGUUUACCUUGGUUUAUUUAAGAAUUUAGCUGAAAUGGGUCUUUUAAAUAACAGUGUUGUCUUAUGCAGUAAACAUUGUGCAAUGCACAAACUACACUGUGUAGUGAAGAGUGUAUGGUGAGCAUCAAACUGAAAAAUGUAGAACAAGCAGUUGAUAGUAAGUGUUGAUAUGUUCUUGUUAACUAAGUUUUUUUUUACUUUGUAAUUCAGUUGUAUUUUCUGUGUAUUUGUUCCUUGUGUUCCUGUCCCCUGUGUCAAUUAUUCUUAUGUUUCUGUUGUGUUUCUCUGUUAAGUCUUGUGUUUAAUUUUCAGAGUAUACUGGGUUAUUUUGUAGUCCCUUCUCCUUGUGUGUCUGGUUUUGUUUGACUUUCUGUUUUAUUUUGUAGUAGUCAUUCCCUUUGUGUCUUGUUUAGUUAUACUUCCCUCCUCAGUGAUUGUCUGCACCUGUAUCCUUGGGCUGUGUCUCAAUUCAGGUAGUGGGCAUUUGCAAUUUGUGUGACAUCAUUGCACGGUGCUAAUGGUGUCCCAUUCCAUUCGUGAUUUCGAAGGCGUUCAAAGUGCGGUCCCAAAACCUCCCUGCCCCCUAACCCCCUUUUACAGGCGCGCAACCAUGCACAUUUGGUGGCCUUAGAAUUCCCUGGAUUAUAGGUGCGUGUUUCAGGCGAGGCGUCAGAUCUGUUUGGAGGUGCAGCACCUCUUCAAAGAAAACAAAGAAAACUCAAAAACACAAAACAGUCAGCUCAGGCUCCAUGAGCACAUGCACUCUCCACUUACGGAACUGCACCUGCAAACCAAACAUUAUACUGUUUAGAAAAUGACUGAUCCGCUAUGCUACCAAAAUCGAAAACAUUAGAAAUAAGAAAGUUUCCAAAACAUAUGCCAUCAUGGAGAAAUUUAGUAAAUCUGUAAAAGAUCCAUUAAGUCCUUUCCUCUUCUUGGUUGUCAUCUUGUUGCUUGUUGUACAUAGUAACCCCUGUGUGCUUGUAAGUAUGUAUUGUUUUGUGCCUGUAUCUUUUGUUUUGUAUAUGUAUUGUAUGUAUGCAGGGUCGCACAAUAAAUAUGAAGAAAUAUGAAGCAGUCCUGAAGGCAGGGACAUUUGGUGAAUUAACUAGGAAGUCCUCUGGAGAGUAGACUGUUUCAGUUCACAAAAGCUGAUCCACCUUGUGCAGAGCGUUCAGGGUGCACACGCAGGGUGCAUACAGGGCAGUGCACUCAGCAGUGUGCAGACCCUGUAUUGAGACACAUCCCUAGUGUCUGAUCUGCCUCUUGUUACUUGUUUUCCCAUCUAUUUAGUGCCUGUGUAGCAUUCCCUCUAUGCUGGUUUAUGUAUGUCAUUGUUUGUAUUUGAGCUCCUGGUGGUUUUCCCUGCAUCUUUUGAUUUUUUGCUCCCUGUGUGUUGGUUUGGUUUUUUUUAUUAGGAUUUUUUCAGUUGAACAUAUUCCAUUUAAAGUAAGUUUUUUGUUGUCCCAAGCUUAGUCUUUUGUCAAAUAAAAUUUUCAUUUUUUAAGUCUGCACAUAGGUCCUCCCUUUUUGUUUUUGUGUGAAACAAUGGCAAGUGUAGUACAUGGGCGUACAUCCAGUGACCACUGUGCAGAUAACAGUGAGUAAUGUAAUCUGUCACAGCCCACAUAUUGCAGUGAACAAUGACUUAUGUGCAAUAAACUGUGCAGUGUACAUGCUACCUCCUGAACUACUGCUGAUAACUGGAAGGUUGGCGGUUCAGUUCCCCCCUAUCCCUAGUCUGUUCAUUGUGUCCUUGGCCAAGUAACUAAGCCCACCUUGCUCCCAGUGUGUGUCCUCCACUGGUGUAUGAUUGUGAGUGUUGUGUGGUGGUGGUUUGAGAGGCGUAGGCGCAAACUGGCAGCCACGCUUCCAUCAGUCUGCCCCAGCGCAGCUGUGACUACUAAAGUAGUUUACCAGCACCAGGGUGUGACUGUGUGAGCGAAUGAAUGAUGUAUUCAAUGUAAAGCGCUUUGAGUGUCUGUGAUAAAAUGCUAUAUAAAAUCUGAUGCAUUAUGUUUUUAUUAUAUUUGGUUAGCAAUGAAUGUAUAAUACUGAAUGGUACAUGGUAAGAAAACUGAAAAGCACAUCCAGCAUGCCUGAAAGUAGUUUGCAAAUGAGCCAUCUUACUUCAUUCCUAUCUUUGUUGAAAGUUGCACAUGCAUGGAAAUGAUGGAAGUAGAUGUGUUUAAGUGAUAAGAAGUGACAGAGUGAGUAGCAGUGGGUACCUUUAGAGAUAAAAUGGAGAGAGAGAGUGCCAGUAGUGGACACAACACCGCAAAACUAAAAAAAUGAGAGGUACGUUUCAGGAUGUUUCAUGGUGGUUACACUUAAAAGAACUUAAAAAUAAUUCUAUAUCUCCAUGAAAAUGCAGGAGGAUGCUGGAUUUAGUUUGUUUGCAGCUGGAGUCAGACUUCUUCCUGCCUGCAGCUUAUUUCUUUGCUCUGCCCAUGCACUGUUCUUGGUGUUACUGCAGAAUCUCCAGUUAAUAUCUAAUGCUUUGUAAGGUUUACACUACUGUAUAGUGGGUGAUACCCACAAAGGUAAUACAUUUGAUAUAAAAAAUUUAAACACCGACAGAAAGCACACUCUCUUGUGAUUCAGGGGAUAUUUUUGUUUUGUAUUACUGACAUUUAUUUAACCUUUAACAGUUUGUCAAAAGUUGUUCAGUGAUAAAAGAAGCCUUCUGCACUACUUUCUAAUCCAUUCACUGACUGUGAAAUAGUGAGAGACUGCAUGCUAGCUGGUGUGGAUGAACUGAGUCUAUGUAAUAACACUGACUGCUGGAUUACUAAUGCUCAUGCACUUCAGCGUAUCUCUGUCAAAAAUGUGACCCAAGUAUUUUAAAUAUGCCUCCAUAAGAUAUGUGCUAAAGACAAAAAAAUGACUUUGAAUGCUGCUGAAAAUGUCUGGCCAGCGUUGAUAUCCUGGUUUUCAACUCUGGCCCAGUUUAAAAUGUAUUUGAACAGCCCUGGUAUACAGUGCGCAGUUCACUCUGUGUUGUGAACCAUGUGAGAAUUGAAUGUGGCACAAUAUAGCAUUAAUGAAAAAGCACACAGUGUGGUGUCAGUCUUGUGAAUAAUGAAUGAACACCAUAUAAUGAGCAGUUAAAACAGAAUAGUGUAAACUGAACAAAUUACAGCCUACAGUGUACUGUAAGCUGUUUUGUGUUGUUUGGUUUCUGUUUUUAGCUGGAGGUCGCGGUGCAUCAGGGGAAACUGGACCUCAUCAUGCAUCCAGUCUUUCUCAAACUAAUUGAGAUCAAAUGGAGACUAUAUGGCAGGUAAACUCCAGUCUGAUUGGUUCAAUUUACUUUAUUACUUUGCUCAGUGGACUUUCGGAUGGCUGUUUUUGCUUACAGUUUGUCUCUGUUAAUCUGUCUGUCUUCAUCAGGCUGGGGGCUUGGCUUCUCCUCAUCCUAAACAUCCUGUUCAAUAUCUCCUGGACCACUGUCGCCAUCUCUGUGUCCAUCCACAAAGGUUCAUCUGAUCGCUACACCCUCCCUGAGGUGAUGUCUGUUUUGUGUCUGCAUCCUGUCUCUCCUGUCUGUCCAGUGUCUGUGUCCAGUCCAAAUGACUGCAUCUGUUUGUUUCUCUCAGGAUUGGUGGCGGGUCUUUGCUGUGGUUCUGGCCCUUCUACUGACUCUGGAGGAGGUGCUGCGGGAGGUACAGGACAUCCUGCGUUCAAGAAAGAAGAUGCGGCUCUGGCAGCAGUGGGCGGAGCGACGACUUAGUGAUGACCUGCAAUGUUCACAUCCCAUGUGGCCUCAGGUAGGAAGUAGCAGGUUAAAUAUCAGAUGAAAUCUAUUAAGUACAACCAGCAGCUGGUUAACCAUUACAGCUCAGACUAGGAACAGGGAGAAGUAGACCGCUUAUCCAAGCUUGGAAGCUGGGAACAGGAGAAAAGAGUGGGGUGGGGCAUAUUAUGAGAGCCUCUGCUUUAAUGUUUGUGUGUGUGUGUGUGUGUGUGUGUGUGUGUGUGUGUGUGUGUGUGUGUGUGUGUGUGUGUGUGUGUGUGUGUGUGUGUGUGUGUGUGUGUGUGUGUGCAUGUGCAUGUGGGCAUUUGUGUGUAGGAGAGAGUUUUCCUCUCUGAUCAGUACAAACGGAUGCACAGAAUGAGAGGAAACUACCGCAGAGACUUAUGGUAACACACAGAGUGCACAUGCACACAAACACUUGUACAACACUGGAGCGAAAAAAAAAAUUGUUUGUGAAUAUUAAAGCAUCUUUUAUAUUUAUUCCCUUCCCACAAAUUUAAUAACCUACUUAAUGACUUUAAAUGUCCCCCUAAACCCAAGCAAAAAGUUAAAUGGCAAUAGAUAGCUAAGCUGUACACUCCACCUCCCCCUACAUCUACAUGAAAGAAAGUGCAAAUGAUAGUGGUGUGAUAGUCCAACUAAUAUGACAACAAACCUUGGGUUGAUUUAACUAUAAAUACCAAGAAAGUGAGUCAAAAAUCUGUUAUAGAAGUCAUUAAAUCCUUGAAAAUGAGCCUCUAUUAAAAUAACAGUAACUAUCUUCUUCUUUUGCCUGAGUGAUGCCUUUUCUGAGGCCACUAACUGAACACAAAAAUUUACGUUUGUCCUUUCUGUGCUACAGUCGAAACAUAAUGGCCCAAGAUGGAGGCCGCUCCCAUAUGGAUAAAAAAAAGGCUCAUUUUAAGUAAACAAGAAUCAUUUUUAUAUUUAGGUCAUUCGACAUUAUUUUUAAUAGAUGUAUGAAUAUUAUAUUCCAAUCCAACUUCAUGAGGAUGUCUAAAACAUUGUGUGGUGUGUGUGUGUGUGUGUGUGUGUGUGUGUGUGUGUGUGUGUGUGUGUGUGUGUGUGUGUGUGUGUGUGUGUGUGUGUGUCAGGAAUGUGUGUGACUGGCUGGUGUACAUUCUGCUCACAGUGUCAUUCAGCAUCCACAUGGCAGAUGUGUUUCGUCCGUCUAACAGCCUUCGCACCAUCAGUCUGCGUCUGUUCUCUGUCACCAUUAUCUUCCUGUGGCUGCGGCUGAUGAAGCAUGUCAGAGCCUUCAGGUAAACAGACACCUAUUCACUUUAAUGGCUACUAUCUGCUGAAGAAAUGAGCAUCAUGUUACUAUGAUUCUGUGUAGCCUGUGGCGUAGAGAUCAAUAGUCACUGGUCAGGUUACACAACAGACCCACUGUUACCAAAAAGAAAGAGUUCAGGGUGCCAGGUGUUCAGAAAAAGAUUACCCAUGAUACCAUGAGGUCUCACUUUAGAGGUGUUCCCUACAGAUAAUCAAAGUAAUGAGACUGUAUUUGAGAACCACUCUAAGGUUAACACUGAAACUGUGUAGUAUUUUCUAUACUCUCACAGUUUACCCUCAAAGGUCUGAUCUGGGAUAUAUUGAUAUACUGCACACCCACAACAAAAUAUGUUGAGACUUAUUUUAAAUAUAUUCAGGGUAAUCACAACAUUGUCUAGCAUCACAGAAAGCAGAAGUAUAUUCUCUUUAGUUUAAUUUAAUCUACAUGCACAAAGUGCUUAUAUUUUAGCAAACGGAGAACACUCAAGUUAAUACAAAAGUCCCAGUAUUGAUACCUUAUAACACAGAUCUUUACAUUAAACAGUACUAACUUAAAGAUUAAAUGACUAAUCAGAAUUAACUUCUAAUAUUAGCUGUGUUGGAAAAUUUAUAUGUCUCAAUAAUGAAAGUUUUACGUAUUACACAUUAAUAUGACUGAAAGGACAAAUAUUGGACUCUCUCUAUGUGUGUGGCUGUGUGCUUAGGUUGAUGGGUCCAUUCAUUGUAAUGUUGGGGAACAUCAUUGGAGACGUGAUGUGUUUCCUGUUCCUGUACGCUGAGUUCUUUAUCCCUUACGCUUGCAGCUUCUGGAUCAUAUUUGGAGGUCAGUGUUUGUUUCAUUUCUGGGAAUAAUUUGACUGACUCCUGAAGGUUUACGAGCCCAAAUAUGUUAGCCAAUAAAUCUCUGUAAUAUUAUCCCAGUUCCAAAAAGCUUGCAAUAUAAUAUGAUACAGACAGACUUUGGUGGCUUACAAAUCACUUGAGCCCUGUAUUUGAAUUGAAAGUGUGCAAAAACACAUCAAACAUUUAAGCAUAACAUUUGAUUUUUCUGUAAAAAGGAAAGAAGUUAAUAAUACUAAUGCACCAGAUCUUAUAGCGCUUUUUUAUCAGAGACCCUCAAAGUGCUUUACAUUGGAUACAUCAUUCAUUCGCUCACGCAGUCACACCCUGAUGGUGGUAAACUACCUUAGAAGUCACGACUGCCCUGGGGCAGACUGACCGAAGUGUGGCUGCCAGUUUGUGCCUACGGCCUCUCUGACCACCACCACACAACACUCACAAUCAUACACCAGUGGAGGACCACACUGGGAGCAAGGUGGGUUAAGUGUCUUGUUCAAGGACACAACAGACAGACUAGGGAUAGGGGGGGAUUCAAACUGCCAACCUUCCGGUUGUUGGACAACCACUCUACCUCCUGAGCUACUGCCGCUCAAGUUGAGCAAUGCUUAAAAGAAAAGGCUAGAGGAACGUUGCCCAUGUAGUCUGGCUAGUUUGCAACAGGUGAGGAAAAAUACACAGGAAAUAAAACUACAUCACAAAACCAGUAAAAACUAAUCUAACCAGAGCCUAUCAUUACAGAUGGAUUCUAUGUGUAGCAGUGUUUGUCAUCAGUGUAUGAAUAUAGUGUGAACGUGUAAUUGUGAUGUGAUAAAACCAUUUUAAUUGUUCAAAAGGCUACACUCUAAGAGGUGUGACUGGGCUGAAUUAAUAUUUGCAAAACAAAAACUAGUAUCGUGUACAUGGAAAAAAAUGACUCUGUGCAGUUUGGUAUAUUAUAAUGUUGAUCUAUUCAAAUUUGAAUCAUUUAUCAAUUGCAUUUUCUUUAUUGUUGUUUGAAUAAUAUCAUCUGAUAAUCACUGAGUAGAAUUCAAUUUUAAAGUCAACAAUGUCAAAAGAUUAAAAAAUGCUACUUAAUGGUAACUAUUUGGUUUUAAUCACUAUACACCCCUGCCCAAAACAAGUUGUGCCAAAUUGUUUAAAUUUGCUUAUUAAUAGUUUGUUAAUAGUUAAUCAAAGAUGAAGUGAAAUCUAUUCAGUUCUGUAAUGUGUCACUUUUUGCAUUAAUUUCUUUUUUUUCUUUCUCUUCUUUUUUUUUCUUUUUUUUUUUUUUUUUUUAGAAAAUAUUCAGACUUUUCUGAGUGUAGAAAAAGUCCAACAGAGCCCACCUAAGAUUGAUUGUAGGGUAAUGAAAAACUAUCCUGUGAUCUGAUCAAUCAAAAUUUGGCACUGGAAAUCAUGGAUGCAGUGUAACCACUCUAAAGAGGAGAGGGACCACAUGGCUUAGUAUCAGCACACGUUCUAGAGCCAGCAUCUGUCAGGGUUAGAGUUAUGAGGAUGCAUUAGUGCCCAUGGCAUUGGAUGCUUAAACAACUUAAAAGCCCACAUUACAAUGGUUUUAGAAUAAUUGCAUUGGCUCUCCAUGUGUUUUAGGAUCAAUUUUAGGGUUCUUUUACUUGUUGUUAAAUGUCUUAAUGGUCUUGGGCCAUCUUAUAUUUCAGAACUGCUUUUACCUUAUGAACCUUCACGGACCCUGUGCUCCUCUGGCAGCAGGCUCCUAGUCAUUCCAAAAGUCAGGACACACACUCUUUUUAGGACCCCAGCAUUUCCUUUGAGGGAGCCCUCGGCACUGGGACCGGUGGUCGCUUGUGGUUGCAGGGGCUGGCCAAGGGGUUCCUGGUGGAGGUUGGUGUCUGCCACAUCCCUCCGCUGGCCCUGUGUCGGUGUCCUGUGGCUGUGGGCGGCUCCCUGCUCCUAGUGUGGAUAGCUCCUCUGAUGGCGCUUUCUCAACUGGUUCAUCUGUACUCAGCCUCAUGUCCAUUAUCUUAGUUUGUGUAUGUGUGGGUUUGUUGGUGCUUGUGUGCGUGCGUGCGUGCCUGUGUGCCUGCGUGCGUGUGUGUGUGUGUGUGUGUGUGUGUGUGUGUAUGUGUGUAUGUGUGUAUGUGUGUGUGUGUGGGUGGGUGGGGGGGGAUCUUGGAUAGUUUUUCUUUUGUUUUUGUUUUUAACUGUAAAGCACUUUGAGUUACAUUUCUUGUGGAAAAGCGCUUUAUUAAUAAAGUUUGAUUGACUAAUUGAUUGAUAUGCCACCAUCAGGACAUAGCUUUUUUGUGCAGGAAAGUUCUUGCAUAUUUCAGCAUGACAAUUUCAUACUACAUUUUCUACUUAUUACAAGAGCAUGGCUCUGUCGAAGAUCAGUCUGGGUACUUAAGUGGCCUCCCUGCAGUCCUGGUCACCCAUUAAAAUCAUCAUGAAAAUGACUACAGCACAGGAAAUAUGACACUGUUGACUGACUGAAACUCUGUAUUAAACAGGAAUGGGACAACAAUACACUCUCAAAACUCCAGAAGUCAGUCCUCUCAGACAUCAAAUUGAGUAUUAAACGAUAGAAAUUUUCACCCUUAAUACAUAAUAUGUUGUAUUUACACUGUUUAACAAAAUGUAGGGUUUAAAUGAUUAAGAGGUCAUUAAAUUUUGUUUUUGUUAAGAUUUUUAACAGCGCCCCAACAUUUUUGGAAUUGGAGAAUUUUGUAGUGUUUGUGAUUGUAGUAAAAAUAAUAAUGUCUAUUCAAGGACAGAACAAAUGACGAUUUGCAAUGGACCAGGAACAUAAUUUCGUGCAUACAGUAGAAUAUAGUGCUGCAGGAAAAAAAAUAGAUGUUUUUCUCCACUUAUCUCUUGAGUUUUCUGUUUGUAAAAGCAGUGGCUUGACCAAUUGUCCAAACUUGUAGAUAAAUAGUGGUAUAUUCAAAUUAUUAACCUAUUUAAGCCGAUAUAUUACAAGUUGGGACCUGAGCCCCUUUUCCUCCUCCAGGCAACCCAUUGGUUCCCAGCAUGCAGUCUGUCUCCAGCUUGUUGUUCAGCCUAUACCGCAUCACAUUGGUGGAUGAGUACGAGUACACUGCCAUGACUAAAGUGGAUGAGAUUAUGGCUCCUCUCCUGUGUGGAACAUUUUUGGCUGCUUCCUCCAUCCUCUGUGUGAACAUGCUGAUUGCCCUGCUGACGGACACCUUUCAGAGGUCAGAGGUCACACUCACUCCUUCUGUCUUUGAGUAACACAUGACUCACAGGUGAAGAGGUUGGAUGAACAAAGGUUCAGAUUUCAAGUAAACUGUGACAUUAUUGCUCAAUGCAAACCCUGGACCUGUCCACUAACUGGAGGGCUGAAUUUGUCCAUUUUGUUUUUACUGUGUGCUUUUCCUGUUGUGACCUGUCGGAAUAAGAACACUGUUAGGUCAUACUGUAUUUCACUUCAUGUGGGAGUCAGAGCUGUGGACACACAGGUGAAGAAAAGUCCUCAGGUGCUCUUCAGUGUGUCUGCAGCUUGAUCAACACACUUUGCUGUAAAAGAAAUUCUGUUUAUACCUGUGUUCAAUAAUCACCACAAUGAUGGGAUCAAAUACCAAAGGGGGGAGAAACCAAUAUUGCAUGAUUUAAUAUAAAUAGACUUUGUCAGUUAGCUACACAACAGUUAUACCAAAACAGAGGUUUACCAAAACAGAAGUGUUUUGAUGGUGAGAAAUGUUGGGCUCAAAGCUAGACUUUAAAGAGUAGAUGAGGUUUUACCUUCAGUCACACAUGCUGCAGAUCUGACCCAGUCUGGAGAAGGUUAUGUAAGGUUUUAUUUGACAUCUGAGACAUCUGUUUUUUUUAACCAGUGCUUUUGAGCUGAGUUCUUGUAGGGCAAACAGGAAUAAGACAGGAAUAACUCAGCCGACAUCAACCAUGUCUGGUAAAAAAAAAAAAAAAAAAAAAAAAAGCCAAAAUGGGCUAGGGUUAGGGUGAGGAAAAAGGGAACCCCUCUUCAAUUCUGUCAAUUUCUGUGUUCGGGCACUCACGCAGACACAAUUUAGCUCACAAAUAAGGUCAGUUGUUAGUGCAAAUUAAGCAAGUGAACACAAAAUAUUCAGGCAUUCAUUCAUAUGUGCAGAUCUAGAGGGUAUAAAAUUGCAUUUGCACAGCUUUACUGUAGUACAAACUACAUAUCACACCCAAGGAGCUAAAAUGGAUUCAGUUAGUUUGAGGGAUCCACAGUGUGAAUUUAUCGAUGUAUAAAUGAUCAGGAAGCAGUAAGAGUGCAAUGAGUGGGGAAAUCAUUGACUGUAUAAAGAUAUGGACACUGUGCCUCCAUGCUCUCCUGCUUGUGAAGGAGACGUCAUGAUACAGACUCGACUAGUACUCACAAAUUGUAGUCAAGGCAUGCACAAUAGUGAUCUGGCUGGUGGAGUCACAGGACUGAUAUCACAACCACACAUGUUAUGCUGGGGAACCCUCUGGUCUGUACAGCCAUCAGCAAAAAAGAGUCUUGUGAUGGUUUGAGGCAGACAUUUAUGGUUAUGACAAGUUGAAUGACUUCAAUGUCAGUGUUUCGAGGAUUUACAGUAUGUUGUCUCACUAUUUCUCCUCCAUUUUACCAACCCAGUCCAAAAACAACAGAGCUGUCAAUCAGGCACCUGAUUCUGUGUGUGUUAGUCUGUAAGUAUGUGUUUGUACAUAUUUGUACACAGGGUACAUGAUAACUCAAAGGCCAACGCUGUGAUGCAGCAAGCCACCAUCAUCCUGCAGGUGGAGGAGUCCAUACCCUUCCUCCGCCGUUUCUAUGACAACCAGUACAUCUCCAACCACUGUGCACCACUGGCUGAAGUCUACGAUGAUGAAACUACAACAAACCCCCAUUACCAUGAUGAAAUGGGCAGCAUCAAUACUCAGAUUAAAGUGAGUGAAGAAUAAUAACUAAAAUUUGCUUUAAAACAAGAUGAGUAACCAAGAAGUGGGUCUUUGUAUGAUCUGUGUGCUGCAGAUGACCCUGGAUCAGUUCCUGGUGCUGCAGAAAGACAUGGACCUGCAAGGAAGCCAAGGGUGAGAAGAAAUAAGACAAGUAAACAAAGUGAUUGAGUGACAGACACCUUAAGAACUAAAAAACAUCAGCCAGUUUAAACACAGUCUUUACACAGCUCAAAGAUCUGGAUCAGAGCAGCAAAUGUGAAUUCUUCUGCCAUCAAAAAUCAUCUCAAAAUUAUUAACAGUUUAUUACAUUAAUAUUUACAUCAAAAAUGUACCCCACUAAAGCAGAAUUGUUCUUUUGAUCAGAGCCAAGAAGAACAAGAACCUCUAUUUCAAGGAUCGUUUGGACCAGAACCAGCACAUGCAGGAGAAUCUGGACCAGAACCUGCAUAACCAGGAGCUUCAGGACCAGAACCUGCAUAACCAGGAACUUCAGUCUAUCAAAGAAGAACUGAAGCAGCUUCGUACUUUGGUCCAACAGCUGGUUCAGACCAGGUCUGGAUCAGGUCAACAGAUAUGA